AUGCUGUUCCGCAUUCUUGCCUCCCUGGCUCUGAUUGCGUCCGCACAGGCCUCAUGCAGCGACAAUAACCUUCUCAGAUGCUUUGAAGCUUCCUCAGCAGUAGCUUCACCUUUCUGCACUUCGCUCUAUGCGGGCGAAACACCGGUCUCGACUCCUGUUUGUGCUUCGCCGAGCCCAGUGGCAUCUAUAUCUCAUGCAUGUUCUUGCCUAGGAUAUACAUCUACUGUAUCAUUACCAGCAACAAGCACUCUUCAGGCGAGCACUCUUCAGACCAGCAGUCUUCAGACCACUUCUCAAACAAGCACUUCUCAGACAAGCACUUCUCAGACAAGCACAACUGUAUUGCUAUCAUCAUGCUCCCCAACAACAAUUACUGUUAGCCUGGCCGGAGCUUCUGUUUCACAGUGUAUUCCAAGCACCGCGCCCGCAAGUACUAUUACAUUCACGGCCAGCGCGGCAUCUUCUUCGGCGUGCAUGCCAACCAGCAUUGUUGGGACAAGAGUAACAGUCACAGUCACAUCAAGUACAGCACCUCUAUCUAGCGUGCCAGCUUCUACCUGCUCGCCAUUCAUACCGACUUGUAGCUCCGCAGGAAACGAAGCAAGCGGUGCACCGUCCCUGAGCGUUGCACAGCCUGAAGGCUUCAGUCCGAAUACAUGUGCCUUGCUAUGCCAGGAAACAGCAGGUUGUCAGUCGUAUGCUAUCUAUGUUUAUCUAGGAUACUGUGAAUUGUUCUCGGCUCCCGUGGAUGAGGUAUCUGAUGGUGCUAGCAACGGAGGAUUCACCUUCUGGGACAUCGCAUGCAUCAAACCUGCCAUUGUCCCCCAGGUCUGCAAUAUCACGGUUGGAAUCGUGACUCCGGAAGUGGCGCCACACAAUACUUACCCCGAUACCUCACUGCCGGAAUGCCAGUCUUACUGUGCGGGAAUACCCCCAUGUUUGAGCUACUCUAUGGAUACUUCGAGCACCUGCUUGGUGUGGGGAGCAGACAUUUCGCAAUGGGCAGUGGCUAAUGGAACUGGUUAUCAAGCAUGGGACGCAGCUUGUCCUACAUCCCCGUAAGGAGCCUCAAGAGUGGUAUUAAGAUGCUUCGAGAGAAUAAUUCUCAAGAAGGUACAUUGCUUUUGGACACCAUGCGGGGAACUAGAAGGAGGAUUACAUUACUUGCAUUUCGCCCUUGGAAUGGUAGCUUUUUGCAAGUGAGGAGUAUGUUAUCUGCAUUUACUUUUCAGUGAGAGAUUCGGCGUACUCUCUGCACAGCUGCACUGACAGUGGAAUCAACCUAUCCAAUCACAAUGG